AUGUCUUGGGCACCUGUGAGCCCCUGGUCCUUCGUUUUCCCAUUCCCUAGAAUAGGGAGGGAUUUGGAAGCGGCCCUACUGCGCAGUCUCAAGGCAGUUGACAAUCAGAUAAAGAUACAUGGCCACAAGAGGAAUAUUGAUGUCUUGGAGCUGUUCCUUUCUCAAAAGGACCUGACAGAGGUCAUUGAUCUUUCUAGAUAUAAAAAAUUAAAAUACUUAUGGCUUCAUCAUAACAAGAUCCAUGACAUAAGAUUUUUAACUAGAAACUAUUGUUUGACAGAACUAUAUCUAAACAACAACGCAAUAUUUGAGAUAGACGGUCUGCGAAACCUGACAUGCUUGUACAUUCUCAUGUUGCACCAUAAUGAGCUGACAGACAUCAGUGUGACUGUGAAGGAGUUAAAAAGAAUGCCAAACCUGAGGAUCCUAAGUAUUCAUGCUUACUCUUAUAUGGUCAUAAAAACUACAAUACUAAUAGCAGAAGACUUUUUUAUACUUUUUUGAAGUUUGAGAUUAGAGGAGCAGUAUUU